AGUUUAGUUGCGAACAACACCCAGUAGAGAGUCUCGAAAAUGGGCCACCUAACGGAGAAGUUUAAGGACUUGUUCACCGCUGAACGCGUGGCUAUAUUCUUCGGCCUGCUAUCCACCUGCCUGAUCGUUGCCCUCGUAGUUGUGAUCGUUCACAGGGAUAACCUGUGGAUAGAGCUGGACGAGGCCAAGCGGAUGUUGGAUGUGCUCGAGGACUAUAUCCAAAGUCACUUGAGGACCGUCACAUCUGACAUAAGAGGCUCAACCACUUAGAGGGGGUUUUGAGGGAUAAUUUAUGAUACGAAAUGUUUCUAAAAGUGUUUUCCUUAGCUCAAUAAAUUUAUACAUUUGCAAACUCUUAAA